AUGUUAGCAAAAAAAGGAAAAAGGCAUUAUCCAAAGCCGAUGACAAAUUUGACACUGGUCGCGGCAUACGCUUUUCAGAGUUAUUCUGUAGUGAUCAUUGAAGCAAAUGGUUGGUACGGACAAAAAGUAUAUUGUCAUUACUAUGACAUAAACUGGAAUAAACUUGACUCUCCUGUAGAGUCGAUGGUCUUUCCCGAGUUUGCCGUCCACUGCUGUAGACAUCCUAGAGCUUUUUACAUGGCAAUAAGCAAAAACAAGGACGAGAAAUUGAGUUUGAGAGUUCCUGUGAUUGAUAGAACUGUGGAUAUGUGCCUUGCACCACUUUAUGGUAACGAGAGCAAAUGGCUGCUGUUCGCGGAACUUAUUGAACAUUAUAAAUUGCAAGGUGUGCAGCAUUUUUACAUAUAUGUCAAAGAUAUCGACGACUACUCCCGCUUACUUAUUGAUGACUAUGAAAAAAGUGGCGAAAUUGAAGUGAUAUACUUCAAAAAAGAACAAGACAGGCCUGCGAUGGAUUGGCAAAUCGUUGGAGUGAUGGACUGUCUCCAAAGGAGUCGACAUCACUCUCGUUAUGCUAUUUUUACGGAUUUAGACGAACGAAUCAUGGCGUUGGGGAAUCAAACUCUCGUCGACUAUAUCAUGUAG